AUGAGUGAUAGUAUUGACAUCAAUGACAUAAUAACUUUGAAUAGGUAUUCAAUAAUACACAUAUAGAAAUAUUUAUGGUACUUAGUAACAAAAACAAGAAACGAAAGUGAUUAAUAAGCCUGUAGAUGAUUCAACUCUAACAAUAGAUAUAAUAAUAUAAGGAAAUUAGUAUGAUAUUUAUGAGAAUAAAUAAGAGCAUUUUAUAAUCCUGUAUUACUUCCUUCAUCAUAAUUGAAAGAAAAUAUAGAAGAAGAAUCUUAGGAAGAUAAACCUAAUUUUUUUUAAGAAAUUUAAUUGUUAACAAAAAUACCUGAAAUAGAGUCAUUUAAUUUGAUUUAUAAUAAUAAGACGAUUUUUAAGAAUGAAGGCAUAUCUUAUGAGGAAGCUAAAAAUCUAGAUAAAAGUAUUUGAUGAUUUAGAAAUGAUAAUUUUAGUUCGAAUUAAAAGAAAAGAAAGGGAAUAAAAAGCUAGUGGGACUUCAAUUGUAAAAGAGACGAUAGCAGCAAAAAAGCAAUAUGUUAGAUUAUAUAAAAAUCAGAUUUCUAAACUAUGUUUCAUAGCUCCUAAAAAUUUAUUUUUAAUUAGCCAACAUUUAGGGAAUAAAACUUAAUGGGAGAAGCAAUUAAGACUUUAAGAUUUUAAUGGAUAGAGACCAUCAUUAUCAAUAGUCUAAGAGAAGACAACAGGAAGAUUCUACAUUUAUGAUAAUAAAUAAGGGAAAGUACAUAUUUACAGUUCAGAUAUGUUGAUAAAUGAGAAUAAAGAUAAACCAUUAGUUUCGUUAAAUUUGAAUGAAGAUAAGCCUAGAUAGGAUCCAUUGUUAUAUUUAGUGGAAUGUGAACAUGAAUAUUAAUGGAAGAGUGUAUUAUUUGUAAUUGGAGGACAUCAUUUAUAGAGAGGAGGAGAGAAAAAGCCAUUAAAAACUAUAAAAGUAUUUGAAAUAAAAAGAAGAGAAGUUACAUUGACACCUGUAUUAACAAUAACAAUGACAAAAUCUAGAAUGAAUCCUAUAGUUUUUGAUUUGAUUAAAGAUAAAGGUUUGAUUUGGUAAGACAGAGAUAAUAGAGAUAAAGAAAAAAUAGAUGCUGAACAUAGAUCAGUAGAUUAAAAAUAUAUAUUUAUAAUGGGAGGAAAUCCUUUAUUGGAUUAUGUAAGAGAGAUUGAUUAAGAAUUGAUUGAAGCUAAUUAAACUUGUGAAUAUAUUAGUUUAAAAUUAAUUUUAGAACAUAUUGCAAGAGCUAAACUAGUACAUUUAUUAUAAUAGACUUCAAUAGUUUUCAAUCACUGAUU